AUGUCGGAGGCCUACCCCAGUCCACAGUCCUUCCGCAUCCCGAAUCGCCAACUGGACGGGAUAGAGAGGACACCAUCCAACCUAUCUCUCAGCGAAAUCACACGCCCGCACCCGCGCUCGCUGCACUUGCUUGUAGCCGCCAAUGGCACGCGGGAGGUCGCUUUCGCCGAGGCCAUCGCCGUCCGGCUUUCCAAGGACUCGCAAAUCACCACGCGCGCCAUUGUCGACGACAUGACCCAUAGGCUGGUCCAGGAGAUAGUGACUGUCCAGAACCGCCGUAUGGUCCGGCACUCGACCACCGACAAGACGACACUACGGGAUAUCGAGACAUGGCAGCACCAGGCCGCUGAGUUCGUUGAAUGGGCGGACUUGCUGGUGUUGGCCCCGAUUGAUGUCGACACCCUGGCCAAGAUGAUGUGCGGUGCCGCCGAUACCCUGCUCUUGCAGGUGCUGCGCAGCUGGGAUGCGUCCAAGCGGAUUCUCUUAGUCCCUGGCAUGAGUACUCAGAUGUGGGAGAACCCCGUCACGAAGCGCCAGAUGAGCAAGCUGCACCGCAAAUGGAGCUGGGUCAGGGUGAUGCCUCCGAUUCUGUGGCAUUACAACAAGACGCCACAGCCCAAACCCAUCGUCGAGUGGGAUGGACUUAGCGAUUUGCUCGGGAUUAUCAAAAACCAGGCCGACUUCCUCAAGCUCGGCCAGGACAUGGAGAUCAGCGCCCAGCCCAGCACGCCGGCCGCCAUGAAAACCAUGGCGAAGAGCAUGCUUCCCAACGAAAUUUGGACUAUGAUCUUUGGUUUUGUCAACGACUGGGAGUUGGCCACCUGUCUCGACAUCUACACCACCAUCGAGAUGCCUGAGGGCUGGCGUCGUGAGCCUAAGGAUCCUGACGACCCCCUCCAGGUAUUUAUCCACUCGCUCGAGUGGACUCUCCUAACCGCCAACACCGAAGCCGUCUGCAACAAACUCGCCCACGCCCCGCCCACGUUCCUGGACCUCUCCGUUCUAGCGGUCCACCUCAUCUUCAAAUUCUCCCUCACCGGCGUCCUCACCUACAUCGAAGCCAACAUGCCGCACAUCUUCAAGUGUUUCGACGGGAAAACCAUCCCCACCAAAGCCUCCGCCUACUACGGCCGCGUACCCAUCCUCGACUGGUGGGCGCGUUCCCCAUCCUUCCUCGAAAAGCAAUACGACGUCGAAGCGCUCAACCACGCCUCCGGCCACGGUUUCGUGCCCAUCCUCGAAUGGUGGCGCCGGUCGGGUCUCCCACUCAAAUACGACGAGCAAGCCUUCGAGAUGGCUUCCUCCAAAGGCCACGUGCACGUGCUCGAAUGGUGGCGCGAGGCCAGCAUGCAGGACCCUUCCAUCGUGAUUAAGCCGGGUCGGUCACUGCUCGCCGCCGCCCAGUGGGGCCAGACGGCCGUCAUCCGCUGGUGGGACGAGAGCGGUGUUGCGCUGGGCCAUCAGGACGGCGUGUGCCGGAUGGCGAGCCGCUGGGGCCAGGUGAAGGUGCUGGACUUGUGGCGCCAGUUGCGCGGGGAUGAUAAGCUGCAGUUCGACAACCAGAUCUUGAUCGAUCCUACGCUGCACGCGCAUGUGCCGGUGUUGGAGUGGUGGCGGCAGUAUGCGCAUGGGGAACUGCCCGGGAUGGGCGGGCGCAAGGGGGACCGGGUGGAGUAUAAGACGAUGGAUAUCGAGGAGGCGCUGGAGGACUCGCUGGGUGACCAGACUCUGGUCAGGAAGUGGUGGGCUCAGAAUGGGCUGAAUUUGGGGCUUGGGACAAGCGAGUGGAUGAAGGUGCGGUAUCUGUGA